AUGAGCACCAGAAAUGGACCUGCUUUACAGAUACACGAAAUUGGCGUGGGAUGUAUUUUGUGGCUCCCACCUUUCAAUGACACUAAUGGAGAUUUACGACCCCUUUGUCAACGUCACACUGGUAUGCGGCACUUAAUGGAUAUCAAUGCAUUUGAUCACCCAGCGGUUGUUCUCAACAUUCACAAUCGAUAUGGCCCAGAUCCUUCUAUUCAUUUCAUCACAGUAAGUCUUUCAAGCAAGAAAACACUUCGGACCACUAAUGAAGAUUCCUUGGUUAAAUUUGUGCUCAGCUUGUCAAGAUUUGAUGCGUACAAUUGGGGACAAACAAGACCUAGUGAUUACCGACUUACUCACCGAUCGUAUCUAUAUUUGAUGGAAAGAUUGGGGCUUCAUGCUGAUACUUUUCAUCCUAUAUCGCGUAUCAAUAAUGGGUUGCUACAAGCACCAUCACCAGCUCCACCGCCACCUACUCAACAACUACAAACCGUGAACCGGCAUCGUGAGAACAAUCCCUAUGCUUACCUAGAGCCAGACGAAUGCUGUCCAUGA